AUGGGCUGCUUGAGGAAGAAAACCCUAUCUUUUCUCUUCAUUUUUGUGUCCAUCUAUGUACACGGGACUCUGUUGCAGGAAGCUGUCUCAGCUGGGCAAAGAAAACCAUUCUUCGAGAGGCUCCGUAGACUAGAAGAGCAGUUUCGGAGAUUCCAACAGGUGACCCUAACACACCUGCAGGACAUUGCCAACAACUACAAUGUGUGCUACAAUAUGGAUGCCCGCUUCCAGAACCUGGCGGAAGAGAACCAAGCCACAGCUCUAGCAGUAAACCAGUCUCAAGCUGCCAUACAAGGGGAUGUGGCCCACCUAAAGACCUGGUUUAGGAAGAGCCAGCGCAGGAGCCGGAAGAUGGACAUCCGGCUCCAAGCCUUGGACCUCUCUCUGAACACAAAGAGCAGGCAGUGGGUGGAGGUGGAAAAGGAGCAAAAGGCACAGAAGGAGGCUAUUGCAAGCCUGGCCCUGAGCAUGACGGCUCUACAGGACGCUCUGACCAGCUUGACACAGCAAGUCCAUAACCAGGAUGCCAGGCUUGCUGCUCUUGAGGGCCGGAAGCAGAGGGCCUCUUCUAGCACUGCAGCCUUGGGACUGACGACAGCACCCGCCCCCAACCUUGCUCAGCGAGGCUCAGCUUCCUUGCAACUGUGGAGGGACAGCCAGGCAUCCCAGCCUUCACCCCAGCACAGGAGUUCCCCCCAAGACUUCACUGUCCGUGUCCAGGAGAUGCAGAAGUUCCAAGCCCCAAGCAGCCAUCAAGUAGCUCCACCAAGGACCCACCAAGGACCAGGAAACAUUUGCAGCACGGGCCCAGUACUGAUCUUUCCCAACACCUCCACUGAAAAUGUGAUCUUUCUUAGCCCCGGCUUCCUCAUGCCCCUACGAGCCCUGUCCUUCUGUAGUUGGGUCCGAGUGGCCACCAGCCACCUGGGCACACUCCUUUCCUAUGCCACCAAAGACAAUGACAACAAGCUAGUACUGCAUGGCCGAGACUCCCUGGUCCCCGGCUCCAUCCACUUCGUGAUUGGUGACCCGGUCUUCAGGGAAUUGUCCCUGCAACCACUACUGGACGGUCAGUGGCACCACAUUUGUAUCAUCUGGACAUCCAUGGAGGGCAAGUACUGGCUCCACAUAGACAGAAGAACAGUAGCCACUGGCUCCCACUUCAGAGAGGGCUAUGAGAUCCCUCCUGGUGGGUCCCUUGUGCUGGGCCAGGAACAAGACACUAUGGGGGGUGAGUUUGACAGCUCUGAGGCCUUUGUAGGGAGCAUAUCUGGAUUGGCCAUCUGGGACCGGGCACUGGUCCCAAGAGAAGUUGCAAACUUGGCUACUGGGAAAGAGUUCCCGACAGGUGCCAUCCUGACACUGACCAAUGUCACGUCAGUGGGUGGAUUCGUGCAGACAGCCAAAUGUACCUGCCUAGAGCAAUGUCCAUAG